AUGCUUACGAGCUACGGAACGGAGACCGUCGACUUUGCGCGUGAGGAAGAUGUGUGUAUUGGUCGUCCAGUGAGUGGCCGUCGUCGACGUCAUUCGUGGACGGCGAUGGCGGUCGCGGUAGUGCUGGGACUCGCUGGUUUGAGUUGUGUGGCCAUGCUGCACAACUCGUUGGUGUCUCAGCAAGAAAUGAUUGCCAGGAUGCAGCAACAACUCGCGAAGAAGAAAUUCAAGAAGGCCAAGAAGUACCCGACCAAGUUUGCUGUCGACUACGUCACGCCUUUGAAGACACAAGAUGAGCGUGGCACGUGUUGGGACUUCGCCACUGUCGGAGUCUUGGAGAAUAGCUACCGACAGCAAGGAAUUGCUCGUGGCUGGCUGCAGGAGGACGAGUACAUGGCGAUCUCCGAGCAAGCGUACGGCGCUGAAGUCUUGCGGUUGUGUGCGGGUCCUCCGGGCUCUCCGCAACAAGUGGCGUGUUUGAUCCCAGGCAACGGCAUCUGGAAGAACUCGACGGAGGGAGGAGACGCCACGUUGUUGAUGUAUUUGAUGAACGGCUUGAAGGACAACAUCUAUCCUCAUUCCAUCUAUCCGACGACACUGUCGGCGAUCAAACGCGCGAUGUUGAAACACCGUCAAGCAAUGUCGUUGACGACGGCAACACCCUACACGACACAUUAUUACCCUUGUAUCGGCAAAGUUGCUGGGUUAGAUCGCUGUAGCCCGACGUCGACGGAGUGUACUCUGUGUCCACCCGAUCACGUCAUGACUCCAGAAGGAGGCCACGUCAUGACUUUGGUAGGCUACAACGAUCUCUACCGAACUAAACAGGGAUAUACGGGAGGAUUUAUACUGAAAAACUCGUGGUUCGAUGGCAUCCACCCUGCACUCGGACCCAAACACGCUCGGGGCAGUCACAGUCUCAAGUAUUGGCUACAGGAGAUCACAGAGUGGGAAGAAGCCAGCAUGUGUCCGAACAGCUACGACCCGGAGAAAUGGUACCAGUGCGGCAACACAGCCGAGGUGAUCGAUGCAAGACGCCAUGGAGACUCCGGAAUGAACAUCCCGCUACCUAUUAAACACUCGCCUACCGUCGGUGGAGGUGUGGAGUCGUGUCUGUCCGAGGAGACGGAGCUGUACGCGAGGGCGAGUCUACAGCCGCUGCAUUUGCGCUGCACAGACCCCAACUUCUGCGUCGUGAGUGAGGACUACACGUACUUUGUGCGCAACACGACGCAGUGGGGGGAUCGCAUGUUGCGUAUGUGUUUGUUCGAGUACAACAUGGCUACAAAGAACUCGACCGAGUUGUGUCUGUCUCCGAUGUUGGCGCAGAAGAUCGCGUACGUGCUGUCCCCCGUGCCAGACGAGGUGCGUGAGAACGACCCGGACGUCUGUGGGUUCUACUUCUACCCAUACGAAGUGCAGCAGCAAUACAAGUCAAAGUUCGGCAACUUCUACGUCAACAACUUCGAGAUCGAGUGGCACGCGCAGUCGUACGCCGCGAACAAAGCGUUCUACCCUGGCCUGGACUACAGCGACGUAGAGAAGUCGACUCGCAAACAGAACCAGUACGAGUUCGUGGGUCCAUUCCCAUUCGCCCGCAUCGUCGACAAGAAAGAUCUACCCGGGACUACCGAAAAUGUUUAA